GAGCGGACAAUGGCCGGAAGUGACGAGUGACAUCGUUCAAACCAGGCACUCGGGGCCCAGCUCGAGCUCCGUCAAGAUGGCGGCGGCGGCCGAGAGCGGCGCAGGAGAGCAAUUGCAACCGCGGCGUCGGGUAGGAAGCUCACAACCCGGCGCCGCCACUGCCACUGCCAUGGGUACCGCCAGCAGCAGUCGUAGCGCCGGUAAAGUGGAGAGAGACGGUGACAGAAAGAAAACCGUUUUCAUAUUCGACCGCCGCCUGGGAGACUCUUCGGAGAAGUCGUUGGAGUUGAGCGGCAACAGCGCGUACGCGGAGCUCAGGGAGGACGUGUGUCGGGCUUUUGACAUUACUGGAGAGAAGAACUUUGUAAUUACAACAACAAAUAGGAAUGAAAUCAAAAGUCAAAACUUUGAUAAAUGUGUCAAAGAUGGAACCACCUUGUAUAUACUUCAUUCAACAGACCAAAUACUGCCCUCGGCAACAAGGGAAAGAAUUGAUUUUCUUCCUCACUAUGAUACAUUGGUUAAAAGUGGCAUGUAUGAAUACUAUGCCAGUGAAGGACAGACUCCUUUACCAUUUGCCUUCGCUGAAUUGAUAGAUAAUUCAUUGUCUGCAACAGCGGCCAAGAAAGGUAUUCGUACUAUACAGGUCCGACUGUUGUUUGAUGAAUCUCAAGGUAAGCCAGCUGUGGCUGUAAUUGAUAAUGGGAGGGGAAUGACGUCCAAACAACUUAACAACUGGGCUGUGUAUCGGCUUUCCAAGUUUACCAGAACAGAGGACGAUAUUGAAAGUGACCAUUCGGGGUAUAUUCGACCGCCUGUGGUACCUCGUAGUCUCAAUAGUGACAUUUCCUAUUUUGGUGUUGGUGGGAAACAAGCAGUUUUCUUCAUUGGUCAGUCAACCAGAAUGAUAACCAAACCAAUAGAUUCACAAGAUGUACAUGAGCUAAUACUUUCAAAAGACGAUUUUGAAAAGAAAGAAAAAAAUAAGGAGGCAAUAUACAGUGGGUUCAUCAGGAACAGAAAGCCAACUGAUUCAAUGCAUGUCACUACUGAAGAUGAACGAUUCCUUCAUAGUCUCAUUAUAGAAGAAAAAGAAAAGGAAAGUUUUACUGCAGUAGUAAUCACAGGAGUUCAGCAAGCCCAUGUACAAUACUUGAAGAGCUACUUUCAUCUUUGGACAAGACAAUUGGCGCACAUAUAUCACUACUACAUUCAUGGACCCAAAGGAAAUGACAUGGGGGGCACUAAAGAAACGGGUUUUUUCAACAAUAUUGACAUACAGAUCUCAAUGUUUGAGAAGGGAAAAGUCCCUAAGAUUGUCAAUCUCAGAGAAAUAAAAGAUGACAUGCAAACUCUGUUCAUCAACACUGCCGCUGACAGCUUUGAGUUUAAAGCACACGUGGAAGGUGAAGGUGUUGUAGAAGGAGUAAUACGUUAUCAUCCUUUCCUGUAUGAUAAAGAAACCUACCCUGAAGACAUUAGCUGCCCAUUCAGUGUGGCUGAAGAUGAUGAGGAAGAUUGCUAUAUUGCCGAUAGAGGUGCCAGGGGAAAACGGCCAAUAUUUGAAUGCUUUUGGAAUGGGAGAUUAAUACCAUACACCACAGUGGAAGAUUUUGAAUUUUGCUCACCUCCCAAGAAAAGAGGACUUGUGGCACUGGAAUGUUUCAACAGGAUUUCGGGCGUACUUUUCACCAAUGAUAAAUUUCAGGUCAGCACCAACAAGCUGACGUUUAUGGAUUUAGAACUGAAGUUGAAGGAUAAGAACACACUUUUCACACGUGUUGUGAAUGGCCAGGAGCAAAGGAUGAAGAUAGACAGAGAAUUCGCUAUGUGGCUUAAGGAAUGCCAUGAGAAAUAUGACAAGCAAAUAAAAUUCAGUCAUUACAGAGGCACAAUCACAAGAAGCGACUUGCCAUCUAAACGUAUGCAAAGUCCUUGGGCUGUAUAUAAAGCAGUUGAGUGGGAUGGAAAAAUAUUCGAAGCAGCGCAAUUGGAACCUCAAGCCUUGUAUGAUGAGGUGAAGACUAUUCCAAUUUCAAAGCUAGAUAGGAAUGUAGCUCCAACUAUGAUUAAGAAAUACAUAGAAGAUGAAAUGGCAAGGCUCCCUGAUAAACUGUCUGUGACUUGGCCAGAAGGAGAUGAACUUAAUGCAAAUGAUCGCAGACCAGCAGGAAGACCCAUAGGUGCUUUGAGAAUAGAAAUUCUCAAUAAAAAAGGUGAGACCAUGCAGAAGCUUCCGGGAACAAGUCAUGGUGGAUCAAAAAAACUAUUGGUGGAGCUGAAAGUUAUUUGCCAUUCUUCUACAGGUGACAAAGACAUUGUUUCUCACAUCAGUCAACAUGGUGGUAAAUGGCCAUAUUGGUUCAAAAAGAUGGAAAAUAUUAACAAGCUUGGAAGCUACAUAUUAAAGCUACAAGUGGUGUUGAAUGAAAGUAAUGCAGAUACAUAUGCGGGAAGGCCUCUUCCAAGCAGAAUCUUCAAAUUCACUGUCACAGAGGGCAAACCUGAUAAAUUUUCGGUGGGAAUGUUGGAUCCUCCAUUUCGCAUCGGUCUCCCUUUCAACAUUCCUCUGGAUUUGCAGGAUGAAUUUGGGCAUUCAACCCAACCAACAUCUGACAUCGCACCAAUUGUGGAAGCUAGUGGGUUAGAGCUGCGUUAUGAAACAUUUGUGUCAAGGGGGACAAAUUUCAUCAUAAAAGGUGUAACUGCCAGAGGUCCUGUGACCAACUGCCAAGGCAAGAACUUCAAUCUUAAGGUAAUCUUGCCUGGAUUGAAGGAGGAUAAUCAAACACUAAAAAUUCGGCUACUGCCUGGCCCGCCACGUACAUUGAGAAUAAAGCCAGAAUCCAAUAAAAUAGUUAUUGAAAAUGGAACAGCUUUUCCAUUCCAAGCUGAGGUGUUGGAUGAAGCAGGGAAUAUUACAGCGCAACCCAAGUUGGUGCUACAUUGUAAGUUUCUUGGUGCCCCAAAUCUGCCUGUGUAUACAGUGGAUUGUAGCAAUACCGGUACUGGAAUCUUAACUGGCCCUAUAAUACAUGUGCAAAAUAUUAAGAAGGACCAAACGCUGAAAGCAAAAAUUGAGAUAACGAGCUGCAAAGAUGUUCCUUCAGUGGAGAAAGUAAUCAAAUUGCUACCUAGCACUCAAGUUGCUAAACUCCAGAUCUUCAGUAUGGAUGGACAGAAAGCAAUACCUAUCAAACACCAGGAUGAGAUUGAUUGGAUAGCUGGUGACAUAAUUCAACAUCUUAUCUUCCGCAUGUACGAUGAGGGUGACCGUCAGAUUGUUGUCAUUUCAUCUCUUGCUGAAAAAAUUAAGGUCAACUGGACACCACGCAUAAAUAGAGAACAUUUAAUUCAAGGAUUAUUGCCUGAUGUAAAAGUACCCUGUUCUGUUAAGGAUAUACGCUAUUGUCAAGUAUCAUACCAAGAUGAUCAUGUUUCACUGGAGAGCGCAUUUACAGUGAAACCACAGCCAGAUGAAUGCAAGCUUUUGAAAUGUUCCUUGAAAGGAUUAAGCACUGUCCAGAUGGGUGAAGAACUACAAGGAGAAAUACAUUCGAUACUUACUGAUCGACAUGGCAAUCAUAUUCUGACUCUGACGUCCUCUUGUGUAAAUUUAUUGGGAAUAGCUGCUGAAGGGCUCGACAAGAGUUCAUUGAAAGUAACUUGGCAGGAAAAUAACCAGCUCAUGGUGGCUCGGGGAAUAAAGUUUUUCCCAGGACCCACUGGUCACAAAGAAAUUUGUUUUGCUUGGCGUGAAUUUGUAGACUAUGUAAGAAUUCACUUGACUGCAGGACCUCCCACCCAGAUUUCCAACCUUAACUGGGGGAAUACCGAAGAGCCCAUCACAGUGGUUAAUGGCAAGACUCUCGAUAAGCCUCUCAUUGCACAGCUUUGUGAUGCUUGGGGGAAUCCUUCUCCUGAACCUAUGAUUAAAGCUUUUCUGUUAAAGGACAGUGCAAUAAAGUUGUCACCAGCACCACAACAGCAUAAAACUGAUGAGGAUGGAAGGGCAAACUUUGGCUUGUUUCAAAUCAUUGCAGCAAGGGGAGAGUACACAUUGCAAGUUAAAGCCAUCGUUAAUAAAACUGCUGUGGAUGGGCCAGUGAUGAGAAUAAAUGUAAUACCAGACCCCAACAAGCCGAUCGGCUUGAAUGUCAAAUAUGAUGAAGCUGCGUCUUUUGUUGCUGGUGGAUUUUUACCAGAUUUUGUGGUUAGUGUCAUUUCUGAAGAUGGUAAUACAAUGAGGGAUGUUAAGCCAACUGAUAUUACCAUGAGAAUGUGGAAGGGACAACGACCUGCAGCAAAUGUACCUCCCACCAUUCUAAACUGCAAUAAAGGACGGGAAGGUGACAAAGAGGGUUGCUUUUAUUUCAGGGAUAAAGUCCUUCCAGAGCGGACGGGAGCUCAUUCCAUUCAAUUUUCGUAUUCACUGGACAAAAACAUGCUCUGUAGUGAGCAGAUUGCUUUGAAUGUGUUACCUGGUGAACCUGUUAAAUUAAUGCCAGAAGAGCUGCCAGCUACUCCUACUGUUUCAAAUGUUCGUAGUGUUGCCCAUCGCACAUUAGUUAAAAAUAUGCGCCUGAAGAUCAUGGAUGAAUAUAACAAUGCAGCUGGAGAGGAUAUUUGUGGCAUGCUGAUGGUUACCAUUAGAAGCAUGACCGACAAUGAUAGUGAGAUUCCUAAUUUUCAGGGAAAAUCCAGCUAUCUGGAGUAUCAACUCAACCACGGAUCAUCUAUCAUUUCAAAUCUGAUGCUUGCAGAAAACAGUCCUGGCAGAGAUAGCACUGAAUACUUGCUGGUCUUUGAACCAAACAUUACAAAACCAAGCAAGAGGAAUCCUUUACCUCCUUACAUAUUACCUUUUAUGUUUUACAAUGAUUUUAAGAAACAGCAGCAGAUGACAACAUUAACCAAAGAGAAGGACCAACUCUCGCAAUCCAUUGUUGCAUACCGGAGUUUGUUUGAUACCACAAACCAACUAGUUGGUGAAAUGAAAUGUCAAGCACAGGAAGCUACAGCAAAGGAAUCUCACCUGAGAAAUGAACUUCGCAAGCAGAAAAUCAACCCCACAGAAGUCAGCACUCCUCAAGAUAUUGAUGCAUGUAUCAAGCAAAUGAAAAUUGACAGAGACAAGAUAAUCAAAUUGCCAAGGAGAACAUGUUCUCUGUCAAAUUAUUCCAGGAACAGCAGUGACAUUUUAGGAAAGAUUGCACACUUGGCAAUGAUAGAGGAUGAUGAGGUGGCCAAGGUGAUCUCUUGGCAUAUGGCUAGUGACAUGGACUGUGUAGUUACUUUAACCACAGAUGCUGCGCGAUGUAUCUUUGAUGAAACUCAGGGGCGCCAACAAGUACUACCGCUUGAUUCUAUAUACAGAAAAAAUCUUCCAGAUUUUAACAGACCAUUACCACACAUGCGAAAUGGAAAAAGCCAUUUCAAGCCUGACGGAAGCCCUAUAUUUGCCCGAGAUCUGCUUAUUUUCACAGAGAAUGUUGACCAAUGUCGAAUAGUAUUUGGGAUGCUUCUUGGCGAUACAAUUAUCUUGGACAACUUAAAUGCUGCAAAUCAAUAUAGAAAAGAGGUUGUGAGAAUCACCCACUGCCCUACAUUGCUGACGAGGGAUGGUGAUAGAAUACGAAGCAAUGGAAAGUUUGGAGGCCUUCAAAACAAGGCACCACCAAUGGACAAACUGCGAGGAAUGGUAUUUGGAGCUCCUCUGCCAAAGACAUACCAUGCACUGAAUUCACAAAUUGAUCUCAUCCAGCAAUAUCGCUCUGCUCUGAUCAAGCUUAAUAAUGUGAAUCAGGAAUUGGAUCUACAGUUGAAGUACAUCGGUUCACCAGAAAUGACCCUAAAACACAAGGAACUCAAUGAACAAGAGAAACAACUCAAGCAAAUAGAAAAACAACUAGGAAUGACUCCAACAAGACCAGCUCCUUCCUGCAGCCCUAAAACACUGGCUUUGGAUUUAUCUGAUGGGCAGGCUCCGAACAAAAGAAUCAGAAGAGAGAGUGCAAAGAAAACCUACAGUGCAGAAGAAUGGGUUUCAAUACCUUUGAGGAAAUCACAACAGCUGCCUUCAGGAUCGGGAUUAAUGGAAACAAACGGAAAUACUUUGUCACGGAAAAGGAAGGCCUAGAGAAAAUGUAGUUGUUGGGGACAUAUUACCUCAAAAUACCAUUAUUAUAUCCUUAAGCAGUUAUGUCUUUUCAAAAAAUUUCGUACAUUUCACAAAAGAAAAUAUCUCAUUAUAGUGCCGGGAGUCAGAUAAGAUUGCUUUUGAGGUGAAAUAAUGUACAUAGCGUGAAAGAAAGACUGAGCAAUGUACACGUGUUCUACAAAGAUUUCUAUCCAACUGUCUCAAAUAUAUUAAAACGUAUGUUGGUAGAUAA